UCGGACCGCAUAACUCCUGUCGUGUUUCCAGACGGACACAUUUCCAGAGUGGCACGACACAUCUGGAGGAGGGAGCCUCUGUUUGCAGCAUCAGUUGAUCCCAGCAUCAUUUAUCUUCUCUUAUUAGCACUUUAUCAAUGGGAAAUUUCACCUGACAGCUUUUCUAAUGUGCGAUUCUCAGUUCCGGUUUUGAUUUUAAUCGAUAACAACGGAAGUAGGUCGUGAAAACAACCAGCGCAUAGAUUUGUGUGUUUUUGCUGAUGCUAAGGUCAUGCUAGCUAACGGGAUUGCUGCACCUGCCCAUGAAAACAAUACCCAGCUUUGCAUGAUGCACAUAGUCGUAAUCAUUCUUGCAGCUCAAGUUAUAAAUUCAUUAUAUGCCAUUUUAAAAUAAUAGCAAAAUAAAUUAAACAUAUAUAAGUUUGUAUCCUUAAUUUUGAUUGCAUCUUUGAAGACAUUAACUUCUUCUGAGUGAAGUUUUGCACCCACAUGGGCAGUGUUCUGGCUUUGUCUUCCGGUCCGGGCCAUCAGAACUGGCCCUUCUCCACGGACCCAACUCCUUCUCGCUGGGACACACAUCCUGCUCACUGGGACAGUCCGCCACGCUGGGAGAGGAGAGAUGGCCGCCUACCCAACCCAGGCAGCUUCCACUCUCUGCACAGGAGCUGCAAAGAUGUGUUUCCUCAACAGAUUGAAGGAGUCAAGAUGAUCCUUAAUAAAACUCUGAGCAGUUUCUUCAAGGUCAGUCAUACUCUCCACCUCAGUGCUGUGAGUCCUUCGUACUAUCGAUUCCACACGGAGCAUCUGCAGUCUGAUGAUUACAGCAAGGACAAGGAUGCCCCAGCACUGAUUGGUGAGAUGGACUCUUCAGGCAGUCUGAACGCUCAUGCUCUGCUGCAUCUCACUGAGCGUGUACGAGCCAGAACAGUGUUCCAGACCCAGCAGUCCCAGUUUGUAACGUGGCAGUUUGAAACUGAGUACAGAGGGAACGACUUCACUGCUGCCAUGACAGUAGCUAAUCCAGACGUCCUCAGAGAGUCCGUUAUACUUGUGGCACACUUCCUGCAGAGUGUUUCUUCAGGGCUGGUUUUAGGAGGAGAGCUGGUCUACCAUCGAGGCCGAGCAGAGGAAGGAGGAAUUCUUACCCUGGCUGGACAGUACUCAAGACCCAACUGGGUGGCAACACUGAAUGCUGGGAAAGGAGGUGCCCAUGCUAGCUACUAUCACAGAGCCAACAAACAGAUCCAAGUUGGGGUGGAGUUUGAAGCCAGUACCAGGACGCAGGAGACCACAACUUCCUUUGGGUACCAGAUGGAACUUCCAGAGGCCAAUAUGGUUUUUCGAGGUAUGAUAAACAGUCGGUGCAUAAUUGGAGGCGUGCUGGAGAAGCGUCUGACCCCGCUCCCUGCCACUCUGAUUAUGGGCGCCUUUGUAAAUCAUAGAGGUGACAAGCUACAAGUGGGUUUAGGCAUCAACGUGGGAUAAUCCUCCAGUAACCCCUGCUGGAGUUACAGCUCGCUGUCGGGACGUCCAUCCAGAGAGACAUGUCCGAGAGGCUUCACAAUGACCCGAUCUCCCAAGGUCAAACACUGGGACCACCUGUAGUAUCGUGGAUUGUUUGGGUGUUGAAGCGCAAAAGUGGAGCUUGCAACCUACCUCUCAGAGUGAAGGGGAUGUUUUCUGAUUGGAAUAGAAAGGGGGAAAAAAGGAUGAACAUUUUGAGGGGCUCAACAACUGGGACUGGAGAUGUGAUACUGUCCCCUUGAAACCAAACUGCAGAUCAACUCCUGGACAAUGGAAACAGAAAGAAUAAGAACCAUACUGUACUGUAAACUAAAAAUAACUUAAGGUUUUAUACAAUAAGUAGGCAUAAAGAAACAUAAUGUGUAUAGAUUAUAUCGAAAGACAAUGGUGUUUUUCAUGUUUCCCGACCUUUUCUGCUGACCAAGAAAUCAACUUGUAGAACAGGAAUUAGGGUAGGUAAUACAAAUGGCUAAACUAAAAUUAUUAUUUACUUGAUUUCUACAUUAGCUUACUGUUUUUUAACCCUAAUGCCUAGAGUACUAGUCUAAAAACAAAGUGGUUGGCAGAAAUGUAAAAUGGGUAAAAUCAUGCUAAAACGCCAGUGUGAUCCUUAUAACUGUGUGUAUGGGUUAGUGAUUGUGUGCACAUCUAUUUUGCCAGCAUAUAAAACUAACAAACAGCCUUUUGACUGUAAGGGAAAAGGUGCUGCUCCAUGCAGACUUGCCUCCAGCAGAGGGAUGUGAGAGCGGCUAUGCACUGACUGCUGAGCCAGGACUCUGCUGUACGUAUAUAGUUGAAGGCAUGCAAAGACACUGACCUGUAUGCAAUCUGCACUACUGCUGCUUCUGGUUAUUCCCAGGCCUGUUUAACAUAUGAAAUGUUGCAUAUGUAUUAUUUAUACAUCAUGUAAUUCAAGCGUAGAGAGACGUGGAAGAGGUUGUUUUGGAGUUAAUUUAUUAUUAAAGAUGUUAUUUCUAUCAUAGUUACUGUUUUUUUCAUCUGCAUUAGUAUGCACUCGUAGUUGCAGUUCCACAGUAAUUUUAUUUCAAAACUCCACUAACUAGUAUUUUUAGUAUUAACUGUGAAUUAUCUACAUGUGAUAUAGAAGUGGAAACUCACAGUGACACACCAACAGAAAGUUACCACCUAACUCUGAGCGCCAAAAUGCUUUUUGGCCUUCUUUAGCAAAUAGUUUUCUCUCUUCUAGUUUAGCAUCAAGCAAGUUAAAGAGCCACAUAUAUUUUUCUCAGGAAUUGUUAGGAGAUUGCUGCAAAAAUGCACGACAUAUUGUUGGAUAUAGUAUGCAUGGUGCUAAAGAAGAGACUAUUUUAUCCUGUACAAGAUCCUUAAGUAAAGUAAGGAAUUUAUGUAACUUCAUAGUAUCAUAACUGCCCCUUUCCAUAUGGUUUUUCACCAUUUUUAAACAUGUUUCUCUCUUUGUAAUCUAAGCACUGACAAUAUAUGGACAUUUAUGUUUUGUGUUGAUGCCUUUGUCUCUUUUAUUUUAUUUUGCCUUUUUAUUUGUCUGUUAGUUUUUGCUAACAAUGCAAUUUAAAUGUCAAAAUGCAACCUGAAUCUCAAUAAUAACGAAAAAAGGGAUAAAAACAGAAUAUUUAUCGGAUGUCUAGAAACACUGCAGUCUCCAAAUUAAUGUUAAUAUGCUUGAGGUUUUGCUUCAAAAGGCCUUAAUAUGUUUGUUUUGUGUUCAGUUCAGCUUGUUCUGCCUCAAGGUGUAUUCAGACAGAAAUCUCAGCAAAUUUUUUCUUGAAACGUUGUUUGUUGUGUUGUUUCUGCAAACAACCAAUGCCUGUGUGUGCGCUCAGUUUAGCCUCCGACGAAGCUGAACUGAACUUAUAUAUAUUUUUGUUAUUUUCCUCUUCUUCUUCUCUCAACCCUGAGUGUUUAUGAAGCAGGUCCAUAAAGCAAUGAAAGUUUUUGCUUCUAAUUAUGAUUUUCCAUUGAUUUUGGAUGAAGGAAAAUGCAUCGCAUCUAAAAUUUUGUUCCCUUUCUGUUUAAACUUGCAUUCAGAGAAUUAAAAAAAAAUAAUUCAAAGAUACUGUGUUGACGAACAAUGAACAGAUUAUAAAACAUUCCAAAUCAUUGCUGACUUUAUAUUUUUAAUAUAAAAUUGUAAAUUUUGAAAUUACUUAUAUACUAUACAUAUAUACAAAUGUAUUCAAAUAUGAGGUCUGUAAACAUUUCCCUUGCUGAAGCUGAUAACACAUUACAGUGUGCAUCAGCUCACAGUAGCAAACAUAAAGGCUGCUACUCCA